UCUUUUACUUCCCUACUCCACUCUCUCUCGGUCUGUCUGUUUCUCCUCCGCCUACUACACAACUCUCCCCCUCCCACCCUCAUAGAUAGACUAUUUAUUUCAUUUCAUUGAUAAAAACAAACCUUUCCGCAGCGACGUAGUAAACUAUGUUCAACGAAGUCAACAACCUCUUGGAUGUCUCCGCAGUUAACAGCAACGGAGAUGAUGGAAACGGUAGCUUGGACGGCAAGCAUGUAUUAUUGUCAGACUUUACCAAAGACGACGGGGCCUUUCUGGUGCACCAUUUCAUUUCUCACUUCCUCAAGGCCCAACAAAUUUCUCCGUCGCAGCAACCACCCUCGUGCUUGCCACCCGCAAUUAAAGUAAUUGUGGUUAGUUUCGCACAGUCCUUUAACCAUUUCCAUUGCGUGGCUCAGAAAUUCGGUCUCAAUCUACGUCAGCUCCGGGAAUCUGGUUCCCUGGUGUUCGUUGAAGCCCUCAAAGAGCUUGGAGAUGCUAUCGUACACCAAGGCCGAGGUAGAGAAGAGGCUGAAGAGGAAGAGCAGGAAAACAUUUUCUGUUCGGUCCUGAGAGACGGAGACAUGUCACAGCUUUAUCGACGACUCAACUUUUAUAUGGAAGAUCAAGAGGGUACAAACAGACGACCCAUCGUAAUCUUGGACAACGUUAGUGUGUUGCUAACCAUCGGUGUGCCUUUGUUGAAGCUAGUCACCUUCUGCAACACUCUGGUGGCUUCCGUGUGCAGACAGAAAGGUGGCACCCUCGUGGCGCAUUUGAACCUCAAUGAUGAAGAUGAACAAGACCGGAUGCUUCUCAAACAUCUUAUUCACAGUUGCGAUUGCCACUUGCAGGUCACACCUCUAUCGACUGGACACUCGAAUGAUGUUCAUGGCGAACUGGAAAUAACGUGGAGGAGGCUGAGUCCAUCAUCCCUUAACCAGUCUCAAAAGAGACAAUUUAAGCUGUCUGACAAAACUGUUUCCUUCUUUGCGCCAGGGAUGUGUCAAGCUGUCUUGUGACACAGCACUUUGUCACAUUUGCUUUUAAUAAAUUUUUAUAACAUGAAACCA